AUGUUAACUCUCCGACGCGCGAGGCAAACUCUAUCCUUCCUCUGCCCGCCGUCCUCCGCCGCCGCGAAUAAUAGCAUCCCCGCGGUUAUCUUCUUCUCCUCGCUCUCGCACAGCCCUUAUCCGUUUUCCGCAUCCUAUCCCGCGCCUCCUGCCGCCCUUGAUAUCAUAGCUCCAGAUGGAUCUCAGCCGGAGGUGCAGCCAAAAGAGGUUGCCUCCUACUUCAGGGAUUGGUUCAUGUCGCGUAAGAAACCCCUCUUUGACAGCAUCUUCGAGAUCCUCCGCGCUCAAGAGGAAUCCACCAUCGAUUCAGCUCUUUCCAGAUUAAAUCUCAGGCUGUCGGAACCCCUAGUUCUCGAUGUCUUGGAUUACGGCAAGAAGGACGUGCUCUCCUGCUUGAAAUUCUUCGACUGGGUCGGCAGGGAGCCAGGGUUUCACCACAACAGAGCCACGUUCAACGCCAUUUUCCGAAUUAUAUCCAAAGCCAAGAUGAUGAACUUGAUGAUGGACUUUCUCCAGACCUAUAUGAAACAGAGAUAUGUUCACAGGAUCAGGUAUUUUUGCAUCUUGGUGAUGGGAUAUUCUGUUGCCGGGAAACCCGAGACCGCGCUCCACGUGUAUGGCAGAAUGAGGUUUGCAGGCGUGGACUUGGACGAGCUAGCGUACCAUGUGCUCCUCAACUCGCUCGUCGAUCAGGGUUAUUUUGAUGUUGUGGAGACGGUGGUUAGCGAGAUUAUGCUUAGAGGUUAUCAGAAUAAGAUCACUCAUUCAAUUAUGGUGAAGAGUUUCUGCAAGCAGAAUGCAUUGGAGAGGGGUGAAGAGUAUUUGCGUAAUCUUGCUCGUGAUGAUGCUAAACAGUUGAGCGAUACUUCUGUGGGUAUCGUUGUGGAUGCCUUGUGUAAGAGUGACCAAUUCUCGAAGGCUGCAUUAUUGGUUGACGAUUUUCAGAGGAUGGGUGUAAUCUCACUGGAUCAUGCAUACGGUGUGUGGAUUAAGGAUCUUGUCAAUGCUGGGAAGCUUGAUGGUGCUUUGAGAGUCAUGAAGGAUAAACAAGUUGUCCAGGGUUUUGUUCCCGAUGUCUUCCAUUACAACCUGUUGAUUUGCAGGCUUUUGAGGGAAAAUAGGAUUGAAGAGGUGUAUGAUUUGCUGGUGGACAUGAGGGAAAAUGAGAUGUUGCCUGAUGAUGUCACUAUGAAUGCUACUUUGUGCUUAUUCUGCAAAGUGGGGAGGAUGGAUAUUGCGAUGGAGUUGCACAAUUCACGGGCCGAAUUCGGCCUUUCUGUCAAUUACAUGGCGUAUAAUAAUCUUAUAAAUACUCUUCUGGGGGAUGCCAGUGUUGAUGAAGCUUAUCGCGUGUUGAGGAAUUCAAUGGAACAGGGUUUUAUACCCGGACAGAAGACAUUUUCUAUUAUUACCGAUGCUCUGUACAGAGAUGGAAGGCUUGAUAAGAUGAAGGAUUUGGUUCUUUUUAUGUUGGAUCGGAAUGUGAUGCCCGAUAAUGCAACAUAUGACAAGUUUAUAUCUGAUUUUUGUCGGGCCGGGAGGGUUGAAGAAGGGUACUUAGUCCACAGCCUGACGAGUUCACUGAAUAAUAUAUCCCGGAAGAGUACUUACAUGAACCUGAUCAGUGGGUUUAGUAAGUCGAGCAGAGUAGGUAUUGCAGCUAGAUUACUCAUGGAAAUGCAAGAGAAACGUUAUAUACCAAAUAGGAAAUUGGUGAGAGAGGUGAUAUGUUGCAUAUGUAAAGCAGAUAAUUCGGAGAAUCAAUUUUUUGGAUUGCUUGAGAUGCAGCUUGCUCGAAAUCAGUUGCCUGCCUCUGUUGUUUACAAAUAUUUUAUUGAUGGAGCUGGUCGUGCAAGGAGACCAGAACUAGCUAGCCAAGUCUUCGAAAUGAUGAGAAGAAAUGGUAUUAAACCUGACCUUUCUUCCAGCAUUCUAGUGUUGCUGAGUUAUCUGAAGAGCAGGAAAAUUGCUCAGGCUUUGAAUUUGUUUGGUGAAUUGUCCAUGAGAUGGCAUAAAAGGAAACUGUGGCAUAUUAUGGUUACUGGUCUAUGUAAGGCUGAAAAGCCCGAGUAUGCAUCAAAAAUAUUGGAUGAUAUGAAGUCAAAAAAGUUGACACCGACCGUCGAGUGCUACGAGGAACUUAUAAAGGUAUAUUGUGAUUUAGGGAGAUAUCAUAAUGCUCUAGAUCUUGUGAAUGAUAUGACUCAGAUGGGUCGUCCCAUUUCUUCCUUCAUCGGGAAUGUACUUCUGUUGCAUUCAUUGAGAACCAGGAAAAUAUACAGGGCUUGGGUCUAUUUAAGCUAUAACCAAAGUUUAUCGCCUGUCUGUUGGACGUUAGGUCACAUCAUUGGUCUGUUUUCGGGUUCCAUCGAAGAAGAUUAUGAUUGUGUCGAGUUAGAGCAAAUGAUUCAAGAAUGCUUCCGCAUGGAUUUGUACACUAAUAAUAUGCUGUUGAGAAAACUAGGCAUGAAGGGAAUAGACCAUGCAUGUGAAUAUUUUGACAGAUUAAGAGAGAGAGGGUUUGUGCCCAAUAGAUGGACUUAUGAUAUAAUUGUCCAUGGUUUAGCCAAAGCUGGACGGACUGAUGAGGCUAGGCCAUGGUUGGAAGAAAUGAUUCGUAAAGGGUUUAGCGUAACUGAGAGUACCAGAAAAAUUUGUCGAAGUUGA